AUGGCUGCCACCAACGUCACCCUAAUGGAGGGUUUGGACAGCCUCAACGUCACAUUAAACACCACAGCAUCUGCCGCCUCUCCUACUUCACUACUGGAUACCCUGCAAGAUGUGAGCUUCCUCCUGCUAGAGCUGAAGCUCGUCAGCGGCGCCAUGGGAAUCAUCUAUCUCGGAGCGCAUGGCUCUCUACGCCGUCCACCAUCUGCAGCUGUCUCAAAGGACAAGAAACGCCGGAAGCAGGACGAUGAGACGUUCAGCCAGGGACUGGAGCUCUCUGACGCCAUCCUGUUUCCCAUCAUGGCUGCCUGUGUUUUGGUUGGGCUUUACUACCUUAUUCAGUGGCUCCAGGACCCAGCAAUCAUUAACAAGAUUCUUCGCUCGUACAUGACCACCAUGUCCAUGGCGAGCUUGCUGACGUUUUAUGCACAUGGGAUUCAAGUGCUGACAUCGUUUGUGUUCCCCCGUUUCUGGCGUGGGAGAGACGGAAAGCUUCGAAGAGUUGAUCAGGCCAAAAGGACCGUUGCGGUUUGUGAUGACGCGGGCAACGAAGUUGAGAGCCUCGACGCUGGUAAGGCGAAUCCGCUUCCUGGCGCCUUGGGAUUCUUUACGCCAGUGGCGUGGCUGCAGCACAAGGCCUGGAACCUGAGGGAUCUCCUGACGAGGCACUGGCUGCUGGAGAUGUUUGUGCAUGGAAUGGGUAAAGAGACAGCGCACGUCAAGUUCGCGCACAUGAUGGCACUGUUGAUGGCUGUGGUAACGGCGAUUGUGUACUUUGCGACCUCGUGGCCGUUCCUGUCCAAUAUGCUAGGCUACGGCAUGUGUUACGGGUCGUUUCUGAUUCUUUCGCCUACGGAUUUCCUCACUGGAUCGCUCGUGUUGUGGGGUCUCUUCUUCUAUGACAUCUUCAUGGUGUUCUAUACUCCUUAUAUGGUGACUGUGGCGACGACUCUUGACGUACCAAUCAAGCUCACAUACGAGGCAGCAUCUAGGAAGAGCAUCCUUGGCCUCGGAGAUAUUGUGAUCCCUGGAAUGGUCAUUGGCUGGGCACUUCGACUUGAUCUAUGGAUCCACUAUUAUCGGAAGAUCAGAUAUGAAUCCACUGACUUGAAGAUUAUCGAGAAGGACUCCAGCUCUGGGGAAUCGAUCACGCGAAGAAACUGGGGAGAACGCAUCUGGACUCGUCAAGCUUUUGGGCUUGUUAGUUCACAAACCCUCCCUGCUGAGGUUGCCGCGUCAAGGUUCCCCAAGACGUACUUUUACGCCUCCAUGGUGGGAUAUUUUUUGGGAAUGCUAGUUACGUUGGCCAUGCUGCUCAUCUUUAAGCAUGGACAGCCAGCGUUGCUAUAUCUAGUGCCGGGAGUGCUUGGGUCUUUGCUGCUUACAAGUUUGGUGCGGGGGGAGUUUAAAGAACUGUGGAUGUACACUGAGGAUGGAAGCCUAGACACAGUAGACGUGGUGGUUGACCUAGACGGGGACGGCAAGGCAAUCAAGACGAUUGGCAAGCUGGAAGACGGCGUGGUAGACACGACCAAGGACGAGAAGAAGAAAGACGAAGAGAAGAAGGAUGACGAAAAGGAAAAGGACAAGAGUAAGGAGAAGAAGGCGCCAUCUGAGGGAGCAGAGGAAAAAGAUCAUGACGAGUAA